AUGUGGUUUCUAAGCGCAGGCUCGGAUGUGGACCGUCGCGAUUCCGUGCAAAAGAUCGUUAUCUUAAACUCGCCCUCAAAAGUCAUUGACGUUGAGACACACCACGCGUGCAAAUUUCGUGUCUCAAAAUCCCCGUUACAAGCCCGAAAGCAGGGAAGUUGUGGCCUUGCUGGCAUGUCAACAUAUCUGUCCCUCCGCAAAUUCCUUCCUGGCGACCACGAGAUCAUUAUCUACGAAUCACGCAAGCCACGCCCUGUCCAAGAUAUAACAGCUGGGCCUCUCGACAGCAGAGAAGCAGUGGCACCACAGGGUGGUGCCAUCGGAAUCUCUGCAAAUGGAAUGCGCGUUCUGCACGACCUCGACCCUGCAGUCCAUGUAGCGAUCCAGGAGCGUGGGUUCGCACAUGAUACACUUAAACUGAGGAGUUCCAGUGGUUGGGACUUGGACGUUGUGUCAAGGAUGGAGCGAAACGAUGACAUCACCAUGAUCAUGGCCAGACAGGUUGUAUGGCAGACGUUGAGGGAUACAAUUCCCGAUCACCAAGUCGUCGUCAGGAAAGUAGUCAAGGUUCUGAAGAGGGGCCAAGCAGGCAACUCGAAGCCAGUCAUCACGUUUGCAGAUGGCGAAUCGUUGGAAUUUGACCUUGUCAUUGGCGCCGAUGGAGUACACAGUACUGUGCGAAAACAGUUCUUUGGUGAACAAAGCGCCGGUUAUCCUGCAGUAUUUUCGAAACGAUGCGGAAUAUGGGGCUUCAUGCCAAUGACCAUCCCGAAAGAAGUGACGGAGAGAAAGUCUGUCGUAAUCGUACUCGGUGACUCUGCCUCUAUGGGUUACAGUGCUUACCGUCCCACCAACGAAGACUCACUUACAUGGUGGUCUUUGUAUGAGACACCAGAACCGCCUAGCUCAAAGGAAGUACCUCCCGAGUUCGUAUCGAAGCUGCUCCACGACAUGUACGGGGAUUGGGCAGAGGAAAAUGUACAGAAGAUUUUGAAGAACGCCUCGGCGCCUUUCAUCUAUCCGAUCUGGACAGUCCCUGAACUCCCCACGUGGGGUGAUGGAGGUGUCGUGCUUGUCGGAGAUGCCGCUCAUGCUAUGACUCCGGACAUUGGCCAGGGGACGAGCCAAGCUUUUGAAGACUCACAAGCACUUGGCAAGGUUCUUGGCCGUGCACUGCAGGUGAACGGCAUUUCUGAAGAUGGUGCUAUUGAUUUGGCUGUGAAGGGUCUAUUCGAAUGUCGACAGCCCCGUCUUGCGAAGAUGCACGUUCUCAAUGAACAAGCCAAAUCAAAAGGUGUGAAGCGGAACGUAUGGGUAUCCAGAUUCAUCAUCUUCUGCAUCUGGCUGAUGCCGAAGUUUUCGUGGUUACGUAACUUGUCUUUUGGCGGAGGCCAUGAUACGGAUGAGAUUCUCUAUGGUUGGGAUGUGGAUGAGGAGACGCGAAAAGUGGUGGAGAAGUCGAACAAGCCGUUGUGA